AUGUUUGAGUUCUUGGAGGAUUCCUGUGAAUCCGAAUCUAGAGGACAACUUGAAAAGAAAGAGACUCCGGACGUGCCAGGUUCCAGCAAAAAGCGGAAACACGAGGCAUCAAGAACCAAACUCACUGUGCCGGACACCUUGGAAUAUAACAUACUCUUUGCGGUGAAUGCUUUCCUGGACGACCUGUGUAAGAAAGUCCCAUACAACACGUUCUUCGACCAUCUGGAGUUGGUGUACAAACUUGGAGAGGAAUUGGAAAUGGAUAGCAAGGACAAUGGCAAGAUGCUGUUUCAAAUUUUGAAUUAUUAA